AUUUCCCACGAAAUAGCAAAGAUCAAAAAACACAGGACCACUUGUUUCUUCCAAAGAGCAAAAAUGGCAACCUGCUUCUUCUCUCUUCUAAAUUCCUUCCCUUCUAAACCCAAAUCCCACAGAAGACCCAUCCAUUCUUCUUCCCUCACAUCUCAAUCCCAAAAAACCCAUCUUCUCAACCUGAUUUCUGACCAAGAACGUGGUCUAAGGACUCAAUCUGACCCCCAAAAGCUCUCACAAAUAAUCCAAGCUAUUGACGAUUUGGGUUCCAUUGGACGUGACACUGUCACCACUGGAAGUUCUCUUUCAGCCACUUGGCGUUUGCUUUGGACUACGGAGAAAGAACAGCUUUAUAUUAUUAAGAAUGCUUCCUUUUUUGGUACUAAAGCUGGUGAUGUUCUACAGGUUAUUGAUGUUGAGAAAAAAACUCUUAACAAUGUUAUCACUUUCCCACCUGAUGGGGUUUUCUUUGUUCGGUCUACUAUUGAAGUUGCAUCUUCUCAGCGUGUGAAUUUCAGAUUCACAAGUGCAGUUCUGCGUGGAAAAAAUUGGGAAUUUCCUCUACCACCAUUUGGACAAGGGUGGUUUGAGACUGUGUACCUUGAUGAUGAUAUUCGAGUAGUCAAAGAUAUCAGGCAAGACUACCUGAUUGUCGAACGUGCUCCUUAUACUUGGAAAGAAUGAUUGUCGGAUUUGUCUUCCGCUGUCUCUGUACAUAAAUUUCACUAAACAUGCUUGAUCUGUAUGGGCAUGCUGGGCAGGUUGCAACAAGUCGCUCGUCAAAAGUUUUGACCAAUACAAUUCAUUACUAUCUUGCCUGUUUCUUAUGGAUGACUGGCUAGAAAACACCUAAUUUUCCCUAACAUUUAUAUAGGGCUAAUCUUGUACUUAGUAUCACCUACCAAACAUGGGAGAACGGUAACAUAGUCUUGCUUUUAGUACCCCAUUGACUUUCCAAGUUGAUAAUAUUUUUCUUUUCCUAAUUGCCAUACAAACUAUCCGUUGGUUCUUUUUUUUUUUUUGGUCAUGUAGUUGUUUUUCCAUUUGCUUCUCUAAGCGUAUACAAUUACGGAAGAUUAUUAUAUUACAUUUAUUCAUCUGAACAUGGAAACACCUUUACAUACGUCAAGAAUUACUUGAGUUUUGUUAUACAAUCCUUUUUGGCUCGUUUGGUUUGAAUUCAUGUUAUGAUGAGAUCAAUUAUGAUGGGAUCAAUUAUGAUGGGAUUAGUUAUGAUGGGAUAAGUUAUGAUGAGAUUAUUUUUUAUUGAGUGUUUGGUUUGUUGUAUUCAAAAUAAUAAAUUAUAAGAACAAUUUAUUUGUUUACAAAUAUACCCUUGAUGUAACAAAAGGAUUGAAAGAGACAUUUUUUAUCAUUUACUUAUUUUAUCCCGGGAUAAGUUAUCCUGGGAUUACUAUACCACCCAAGGGGAGGUAUAACUUAUCCGGUACUAAUUAUUAAUCCUGGGAUAAAUUAUCCCGUACUUGUCAAUCAAACAACAAAUUAAGUGGUACUAUAAUUUAAUAUUAUGACUAUUUGGGAUUAUCCUUCACACCAAACGACCCCUUAAGGAAUAGGAAUAAAAGAACAUAGCUAUAUUGUUCACAUUGAAAUGUGAAGAUGACCAUUUACAAUAAGAUCUUCAUUUGUGCACUUUGUAUUGUCAUUGGUGAUAGUAGCACGUUAAGUUGAUUAGUGCAAGAGCUUUUCCUGCGUAUGACCUAGUUCAAUUGAAUCUCUUACAAUCAUGACUAUUAUUUAUUAUUUUAUUUUAUAGUGUAAAAUCUGAAAUUGAAGGUAAAUCAAUUUGUUUUGAUUGUAUUCUUAUGAGUUGUGAUUGAGAAGUCAUUUAAGUUUUGCCAAAGUUUGAAUAUUUUGGUUCCUAUAGUUUUUAGCAUUAUUAGUCCCUUGGUUAUCCAAAUAUAGCAAACCUGUAUUCUUUCAUUUCCCAUUAAAUGUAAUGGAGAACGAGGCAUUUCAAACAAAACUAUCCACUUUACUAGUCCCAUAGUUAUCUCUCCUUUUCAUCUAGUUGACAUUUAUUGAGAUUUCAAACGAAGUAUAAAAAAGCGUACUUAAGUUGAUGAAUGGGAACUUUCUUUUUGCGUUGGUAGUCAAGGAUAUACUGGUUUAAUAUUAAAAGAAAAACAACUAAAUCUAGAACAAAGUGGUGUAGGUUCAAGUGGGUGAUGAAUACUGCAAGUUUUGAAGGUGGAGGGUGGAGGAUGCUGGUUAGAUGUUGAACAAAAGAAGCAUCUCUAGGCUAGAGUCUAGACGGGAAACGGGAUAGAUGACUUGAACAAAGGGCUUUUGUGGACCUAGGAGCUGGGGUAUGGGCAAUGGGCUAAGUUGCUCGGACUCGGGUGCGGACAUCCGAGAGUCGAAUUCGGCAAAAUUUAAAUUUUAAGAUUCGGGGGGUGCGUAUCCGAGUAUGGAUACGGGUGCUGGGAUUCGGCUAAAAUGUCAUAUAUUACAUUUGAUAAGCUAAGUGAUUAUAUCAACAGUCUAGGAUGAGUUAACAAGUCAUAUUACAUUAAAUAAGCUACGAGAAAUAGUUAAGGCUUAAUGCAUAAGAUAAGUUCAUUAGUAGUCACAUUAGGAAAAAAGAAGAAAAAAUGGACAAGGGUACAUAUAAGUCAGCAGUCUAGGAAGAGUUAACAAGUCAUAUUACUUUUAGAUAAACUAAGUGAAUAAAUCAACAGUCUAGGAAGAGUUAACAAGUCAUAUUACACUAUAUAGACGAAGUGAAAUAGUUAAGGAUUAAAGCAUAAGGUUAGUUAGUUCUUCUCAAAAAAAAAAGCAUAAGG